CCGGCUUCUCUGUCGCUGUUCCUGACCAACAUCAAGCUUCUGGAUCUCGACCAGCUCCCUGACUGGCCCGAAAUCUCAGCUGAGACAUUCGCGGCAUCCGGCACCACCCUGCAGGAUCAGAAGAGGCGAGUACAGUGCGUAGAAUGGGCCUUGUAUCAGCUGUUUGUCAUCUGGGAUCCAGACGAGGCGGCUAAUAAGCUGAAGCCUUUCUACCCACCUGUUGAUCAGCUGCAGUCUGUUAACCUCCGCGCCGCCCUUGUCAGAAGCCUCGAGCAAGCCAAGAAAAAUGGCGACCUCGGCCGGGACACCAUCAUCCGCAAGACGAUGCUGGAUGAGUGCAAAGGCGAGAGGCUGGAGGAAGUCCUUGCUUUCUUUUCCACCGCUGUCCUGAAAAAAGUGGUUUCUGACAGCCUUGCCGCAAACCGUGGCUACAUCACACCUGCCAUUGAGCUUGCCUUUGAGAACAAGGGCUACAAGAGCGAAAAAUCUCAUCUAAUUGCGCUGUCCAUGGCCCACAAGGCUUCCAUCCGACAGCUCCUGCAACGCAAAGAGGCCGCUAGAGCUCGCUUCAGAGACUUUGCCGCGGUCCUCGAUGAUAAAGAAGAUGAUAUCAUCAGUAGACGAGAAGCCCUUGAGAUAAAGGAGAUGGAUGGUGGUGGCCAAGCCGUCUCUGACAAUGCCAGAGCUGAGAUGCGGCGGACUGUACACCACAAUUGGUCCGGCAGCGAGGCUUGGAUGGAGACUCUUUUGUGCGGAGAUCCAAAGCAUGGCGGCCUCCUGGCUACCAAGUUCGAUAGGGUCUGGAGGAGAGCCCAGAAGGGCCGGCUUGGCGAACUGGACACGAAUGACCUUGGCCUCUUGGAGCAACUGGACAGCCGGGUUAAGAUGCAAAGAGACAGGCUCCGCAAGUGGGAUGCCUUCCGCCGGAACACAUUUGGUGAAGCGAGGCCCUUGCCAGUCAAGCCCAGAACCUCCACUGCCAAAGCCAAGGGCAUCGAUCUCGGCUUCACUGCUCACCUGGACCUGCAAACUGGGAGGAGGAUCAAGUCAGCCAGAGCUGCGCUGUUUCAGCAUGCGCCUCAGAUGACGGACGACUAUGCUGCGAUAGUCUCGGAUCUGAAAUACGAUCUGGGGAAACUCGCAACCAAGGAGGUUGACAUCACCCCUCUCAUCAGGAAGCGAACCCCUAGGAACUUCCCUGGGCGAAGCACAUACGACUUGACUCAGAUUGACGACUCGCCGCUUGCAACUCCUCCAUCUAUCCUCCCUCUGAGAAAGCCUUCGGGAUACGACACUCCGACUCGCCGCCGGUCACCCGAAGCACCAAAGCCUGUCGCAAGACAUAAAACGACCCAUAGCCCUCCACAGCGCUCACCUACAAAGGAGUUUACGAAUGGCUCUACGUCGCCCACGAAAAACUCGAGUCCGUCGCCCGUGAAGCGCACCAAGCCUCGACACACACUCUCAUUGGCCGAACGCACUCGACUCUCAAUGAGCCGUAAGAAGUCUCUGUGUUUUGAAGACGAGGAGCUUGACCCGCCCACUCCUAUAACACCUGAUACCACCAAGCCUGCGGAGCCAGAUUAUUCCGAGGAUCUCGCCAGUCGGACUCGUCGAAGCAUGGCCGGAUUUGAAAAGGCUCAGCAGAAGGCACAGAUAGAGCGGCGCAGGUCUCUGAGGAGGGCCAAGAUGCCUCCACGAAAGGAAGGCUACUUCCCAAGGGUCGACGAGGAAGAACUCAACGAAACAACGCUCCUGUUGGAGCAGCUGGCCGAGGAGGAAGAUGUGGAGGCCGUCUUCCGAUCAAGGCCCAAGGUUGGACAGAGCUUGCAGCCAAGCCCAACGAGGGAGGAAUGGGACGAUAUUCCAGACCGCGAUUCGCACCUCUGCAUCUCAAACCACGACAAAAAAAACCUGCGAAGCUCGACAUUUCCACGCCCAGAACCCGAAAUCCUGCCACGAGGCUGCCUGCAUGUCGCUGCUCUGCGGAAACAAUCGCGUCUGCCGUCACGUCUCAAUGCAAGCCGAGAACCCUGCAAUUUGAGGCUGCUGCAUCUGGAGAUUUGCAGCCUUGUCAGCAUGGCUUAUAACCAUUACGGAGGUACUCACGGCCGAGGCCAACCCCGGGGGCAAUACAGAUCCGCUAACGGAGCUUCAGCACCGCACAAUCCCUAUGGCGCGCCUCCUGGCUACGGCUAUCCGGGCGCGGCGCCGGGCAUGGCUGCUCCUCCUGGGCUAGGUAUGCAUGUCCUUUCUGUUUCUCUCUAUCCUCGUCCUGCCACAGACAAGAUGCUGACCGUUUGUCUCUCUCUCUCUGUAGGACCUCCUCCAGGCAUGUCCCCUGCUCCGGGAAUGGCCCCCCCGCCGGGCAUCCAGCAAGCCAACGUGCCUCAAGCUAAUCGUCCAAGUGGUCUGCCUGCUUUCCAAGCCCCGACCAACAUGCCGAACAUCAACUUCAAUGCCCCCGUGAUUCGACUCGGCACAGGAGCCUCAGCCGGUGGCGGCAGAUCCGACGACCGACCUGCACAAUCGGGAGGAAGAGCAGGGCUUGGUAUGGAGAGAGGAUCAGAGCAAGGGCGAAUGGCGGCCAGGGAGACGAUGCAGACGCUUCUUCCACCCACGAGCGAGGAGAAGCUGCGGACCAUCUUCCUACACCAGAUUCCAGAGGGACUGGGUGGUGACGAGGGCACAAAGAAGCUUCUUGGGGCUGUCGGCAAGCUGAAGCGCUGGGAUCCGUCCGACAGCGUGUCAGAGGAUCGAAAGGGAACCAAGUUUGGCUUCGCUCUGUUCGAGGACAUUGAUUCCAGAAUAGAGCAAGCUCGCGCGGCCCUGAAACUAGUUGUUCGAGAGCUCUUCUACCCCCCUGUUGUCGAGACUGCCGACGCUAAUGGCGAUGUUGCUAUGGGGAAUACGGAUACUGAGGAGAACGUCGAGGUGGUCAACAUCCCCCUGGCGCAAGAAGACGAGCUGGCAGAUAUUCCGCCCGAGAUGCGGGAGGUUGUUGCAGGAGAGAUUGCCGCGUUCCGUGAGCGUAGCAACCAGCGGGAUAUGGAGCGUCUUCAGCGAGAGGAGGAGCUCGAAGAAGUUGAGCGACGCCGCAAUGGCGCAGCCCGAUCAAGACUCGCCUCUCCGCCGAGGAACUCGAACAACGUGCCGCUAGGGCCUCGCGGAGUCUCAGUACCAAACGCCCCGGCUGGGCCCAAGGGGCAAAACGGACCGAACCGAGGUGUGGCCUUUGUCAACGGAGGAGUGAACAACGCAGAUGGGUCUACGAGACGCGAAGAUGAGGACACCGACGCAAGCGAUGACGAGCUCUGGAGGAGACGUGAGGCUGAGCGCAAGGCCGAAGAAGACAAGAUGUAUGCGGAAGCAGAGAGGAAAUGGGUCAACAGAGAGCGAUCACGGCAGGCGGCGCUGGAGCGAGAACGGGAGCGUGAAAAGCACGAUAUUGAGUCUCUUGAACGAAGGAAAGAAGAGCAGCUGGAGAGAGAAAAGACGUGGGAAGACGAGCGAGAGGCUACCCGCAAAACUCACAUCUACUAUCGAGAUCACGGCGGCUGGGCAAGGAAACGAACGUCUGAUCGGGCGGAAGAAGAGGCACGAGAUGAAGCCGACCGACAGGCCGAAAAGGUGGAGCGAAACCGCGAGCAGGCCAGGCUGGAACAGGCGCGUGGCCUGGCGGAUUCAUUCCUGGACCAGCAGGCCCGGGAGAUGGAGCAGCGCGAAGCUGCCGCUGCCGCUGCGGCACCACAGCCAUUCAAGCUGUCGCUCGGCGCGGCGGCACAGCGAGCUCAAGCCUCACGGGCAGCACCUCAACGACGCACGAUUGCCGAAGUGGAGGGUCUCUUGGACGACGAGGAGGUCGAGUCUACAAAGCGACAGCUCAUCCCCAUCCAGUUGGACGCUUCAUCCGGCGCGGCGGGCAUGUCGGAGGAGGAAAUCUCGCAGGCAGUGCGUGCGCUGGCACAGGAGAUUCCGUCGGAGAAGGAGGGCCUCUGGGCGUGGGAGGUCAAGUGGGACUUUAUGGACGAUGCGGUUGUGCGCGACAAACUGCGGCCGUUUGUGGAGAAGAAGAUUGUCGAGUAUCUCGGCGUGCAGGAGGAGAUGCUGGUCGAGGCUGUGGAGGAGCAUCUGCGGAAACAUGGCACGGCUGGUGCCUUGGUGGAGGAGCUCGAGGGGGCCCUGGACGACGAAGCAGAGGAUCUGGUCAAGAAGCUUUGGCGUAUGCUCAUCUUCUUCACCGAAUGCGAGAAGAGAGGCCUGCCAGCAUAA